CCUAGAUGCAUCCUUCCCGGAAUCGGCAAUAUGGUUUUUACAGAAAAGGUCUUAUAAAAUAAUUAUCUUGAGAAUUUUCAUGCAUUUGACCAUUUAACCAUUUGGAACAAUGCAAGCAGGUGAUAUAUCGAAAGCCAAGUUAUCAGAGAUUCAAACUUCUUUUGAAUGUCUGCAAAAGAAUGUGGAUAACAAAGUAUCAGUCGAGGAGUGUGUUAGAGGCGGGAAACUUAUUGGAAUUCAAAUGACAGUCAAAGAAGCACUAAAAAUGAUAUCACAAAUAAACACUGAUGGUAAAGGUUUAAUUACAUAUGAACAGUACGGACAAUUAAUGCAUUCAAAGUUGAAGAAAACAGAAAAAGAAAAAGCAAUGCAACUGGCCAACUUUAGGAAAUACGAUAAAGAUGGCAAUGGUUCUAUAAGUUUCGACGAAUUAAAACUGGUUCUUGGUCAGCAAGGAUAUGGUAUGACAGAAAAAGCAAUUUUAGAGCAUUUCAAUAAUGCAGACACAGAUGGUGACGGAGAAAUCUCGUUCAAUGAAUUUGUUAAAUACUUUUGCGAAAUAUGAUGUAUUUGUAUCCAUUGGUUAUUAAGACAUAUUGAGAAGAACCUGUAAAUAUAACAACUUUCAUCAGCAAAAGGACAAUAUAGAGACAGCUUAUUCUUUACAUAUAUUCAUUAAAAUGGGAUAUGGUCAAUUAUUACCAAUGUAAUUUCAACUGAUCGGGCGGAGCCUACGUUUUAUUUUCCAUAAGGACAGUCUAUUUGAAGAUGUGUGUGAUAAGGAUGAUUGUCGUUAUAAUAAUUACUGAUUUCUAAUCAUCUAUCAGUUUUGGCAAAAGAAUUUACAAAAGAAUGACUGGCCACUUUAUUGAUGAGUUUAUCCUAAAACACCUAUCUAUAUAUGGAUUGGUUUAUUAUGAGCGAACCGGUUCAACUCCGCCCAGUCAAGUGAAAUACAUCGACUAAUACCCGUGUGUCAGUGUGACAUCCAAUGAAAAGAUUAAAAUUACUUUUCCGCUGUUAUGUUUUGAUUAACUUUCCUUAGCACAUAUAACAAAUGUAUAAAUGUAUGCAUAGUCUGAUAUGAAUAGAUGGAAGAGAGGAUAAUGAUUUUAAAAAUGUUGAUCUAUCUUCACAAGUGUGUUAUUUUCUGCCAUGUUAAUAUAUGUAUCGUUUGUGACAUCUUCAUGCAAUGUUAUAUAUUUUGUCAAUUUGUUUAUAAUGAUUUCUUUAAAAGCAUAUAAUAUUUAAUCGAUUUAAUCUGUAUUACAAAUAAAGCAUGCCUUUUACGAAUUAACGUAUUUAAUUAACAAAAAACGUAGCUUUGAAUGGAUUAGAUAUGUUAAUGAGUAAGGCGUGUCUAUAUAUGAUU